CUGGUAGGAGAGGAGGAGGAGAAAAGAAGAAGAAACGCCUCAGAGGCGACAAGAGAGUAAGGAAGCGCAGAAAGUUGUUAGAGUCGGCCAGAUGGACGGGAGGAAGGAAAAGGGAUCUCCAACGCUAUUUCAGAAGGACAAAUAAUUAAAUAGAUGAACCAAAGCUGGUGGUAGAGAGAAGACCAGGCGCGUCACCGCGGUGCGUGGACGCGGACGAGAACAAGACAGCGGCGGUGGGUCCUGUCCGUGUCCGUGGAUCUGGCUCCACAUGCGCCUCCGCAACUUUUAAGGGGCCUCAAAGUGGGAAAAAAAGGGGGGAGGCAAAAUAAAAACGGGAAGGUUGUAGAAGCGAGGAGCUUAUUGCUACUCUCCCAGGCAGCCGGGGUCUAGGCGUUGGCACCCGGGCCAGGGGAGUCCCGCGUCAUGGCCGGGGCCAAGCCGGGAGUCCACGCGUUGCAGCUGAAACCCGUGAGCGUCCACGAAGAGCUCAAGAGGGGGAGCAAGUUCAUCAGAUGGGAUGAGGACUCGAACAGCGCCCCAAAUUUGGGGACCCUCAAAGUUGACCCAGAGGGGUUUUUCCUAUCCUGGAUUCCAGGGGCCGGCCUGGAGUCUGAAAUCUUCGACAUCAGCUCAAUCAGGGACACAAGAACAGGAAAAUAUGCCAAGCAGCCAAAGGAUGCCAGGCUAUGGGAGCAGAUGCGCUGUGGUGAAGGGGACAGUGAAUUAAAGCUGCUAACCAUCGUCUACGGAAACGAUCUGGUCAACAUCUCCUUCAUCUGCUUGCUGGGUCUUUCUGAGGAAACCACACGGUUAUGGACAGAGGAGCUUUUCUCCUUGGCUACAAACAUCCUCUCCCACAAUGCAUCCAGGAACACCUACCUUCUCAAAGCGUACACUAAAAUAAAGCUUCAAGUGGGUCCGGAUGGGAAGGUUCCUCUGAAGUGCAUCCUGAAGAUGUUCUCUGAUAAGAAGAGAGUGGAGACGACUCUGGAGCAGUGUGGCCUCCUCAACAACAAGUCUGAAGGUGUAAAACUAGAGGAUUUCACGUGGGAGGUUUUCCUCAAGUUUCUAGACAGCUUGUGUCACCGACCUGAACUGCACACCAUCUUAGAGAAAUGCGGCUCUAAGAGGAAACCAUUCCUCUCGCUGGACCAGUUCAUGGACUUCAUCAACCACAUGCAGCGAGACUCCAGGCUGAAUGAGGUGCUGUACCCCCCACUGAAGCGUGAGCAGGUUCGACAGAUCAUGGAGAAAUAUGAGACCAACACCAGCCAGCUGGAGAGAGACCAGAUCAGUUUGCAGGCUUUCAGCCGGUAUCUCGCCGGUGAUGAAAAUGGCAUCGUACCUCCAGAAAGGCUUGACCUCAUCGAUGACAUGAACCAGCCGCUGGCUCACUACUUUAUUAACUCCUCUCAUAACACAUACCUCACAGUGGGUCAGCUAACGGGGAUGUCGUCGGUGGAGAUGUACAGGCAGGUGCUGCUCACCGGCUGUCGCUGCAUCGAGCUGGACUGCUGGAAGGGCCGACCGCCAGACGAGGAGCCCUACAUCACCCACGGCUUCACCAUGACCACUGAGAUCUCCUUUAAGGAGGUGAUUGAAGCGAUAGCAGAGAGCGCUUUCAAGACUUCCCCUUACCCUCUCAUCCUGUCUUUUGAAAACCACGUUGACUCAGCUAAACAGCAGGCCAAGAUGGCUGAGUACUGCAGGACAAUCUUUGGAGAUGCCCUCCUCAUUGACCCGCUGGAGAAAUACCCGCUGGUCCCAGGUCAGCCGCUUCCCUCACCGCAAGAAAUGCUGGGAAAGAUCCUUAUCAAAAACAAGAAGAAGCAUCAUCAUCACUCUGCAGAGGGCGGAAGCAUACGCCGCAAAGAGCCUGGGGAGCAGUCGCCUCCUGGUAACGAUUGUCCCCUCACAGACAGAGAGGGACAGCAUCUCCUCUCCAACGGCGAGCAAAAACUGGCAGAAAGGGCCAUCAAAGACGUGGGGCCUCGCAAGUCCCUGGGAGGUGAAGGAGAAAGUGAUGAUGAGGAAGAUGAUGAACCAGUGCAAGAGCUUAAAAAGCCCACUUCUGACGAGGGUACAGCCAGCAGUGAGGUGAACGCCACUGAGGAGAUGUCCACUUUGGUCAACUACAUCGAACCUGUGAAAUUUAAGAGCUUUGAGGCGGCAGCUAAGAGGAGGAAGUACUUUGAGAUGUCUUCAUUUGUGGAAACCAAAGGAAUGGACGCCCUGAAAAACUCCCCCAUUGAGUUUGUUGAAUACAAUAAGAACCAGCUGAGCAGGAUCUACCCCAAAGGAACGAGGGUGGACAGCUCCAACUAUAUGCCUCAGGUCUUCUGGAACGUCGGUUGCCAGAUGGUGGCGCUGAACUUUCAGACUCUUGACCUUCCUAUGCAGUUGAACAUGGGUGUAUUUGAGUAUAAUGGCCACAGCGGCUAUCUACUGAAGCCAGAGUUCAUGAGGAGGACGGACAAACAGUUUGAUCCCUUUACGGAAGGCAUAGUGGAUGGGAUCGUUGCCAAUAAAAUCACCGUUAAGGUGCUCUCAGGUCAGUUUCUGACAGAGAAAAAGGUGGGUGUAUACGUGGAGGUUGACAUGUUUGGACUCCCAGCCGAUACAAAGAGGAAGUUCAGAACAAAGACCUCCAAUGGGAACUCCCUGGACCCUGUGUGGGAAGAUGAAAGCACCACUUUCCAUAAGGUGGUGCUUCCUUCACUGGCCUCGCUGAGGAUAGCUGUUUUUGAGGAAAAUGGCAAGUUUAUUGGACACCGGAUUCUCCCUGUGUCUGCCAUCAGACCCGGUUACCACUACAUUAGCCUAAAGAAUGAGCUUAAUCAGCCACUUUUCCUGCCCUCUCUGCUGGUUGAGAUUGAAGCCAAGGACUUUAUCCCUGAUGAACACCAAGAUUAUGCUGAUGCCCUGACCAACCCCAUAAAGCACAUCAGUAAGUUUGCCAAGAGAGAGACACAGCUUGCUGUUUUCAUGGAUGAAAAUAGUGAGCAACCCAAAAAUGGAGACUUCAGCAAAGAGACGGAGGUCAUUCCAACAGAUUCACUCCCUUCUCCUCUGCUGCCGCCUCCCUUAAGUCUCCUUGACGAAUCUCCUGACAUCCCCAGGUUACCUGCACCUGUACAAACUCCUAAGGAGGAUCUGGUUGCCACUGUUCUCACAGAGAUCCAGUUUCUAUCAGUGGAGGACCUGAAAGCACACAAGAGUUACACUAAACUGACAAAGAAACAGACUAAAGAACUUAAUGAGCUGCGGAAGAAAAACAAGAAAAAGAUGGUGUCUGAAAGUCAGAAGAAGUCCACCAUCAUUGAGAAAAACUUUAAACGUAGCAUAAAGAAAAGUGAUUCUGAGAACGGGGACCUGGAGAAGCAGAUGGCCCAGCUCCAGGAGCAGCAAAUGCAUGAGCUCCUAACGCUGCGACAAGAUUUUUACGCUCAGGAAAAACUGAUGCGACAGCACCACCUGACAGAGGGUUUCCAGAAGCUAAAGCAGAUGGCGGCUGAAAGCCACAGCGCUCAGCUGAAGAAACAAAAAGAAACCUGUGAAAAGGAGAAGAAGGAGCUUCAGAAGAUGCUGGAAAGGAAGCGAAUAAACAGCAUUGUUGAAGCAAAGUCCAAAGAGAAUGUGGACCAAAAUGAGAUCAACAGGAAACACAUUAACGAGUCUGUCGAGGCUAUCCGCAGGCUGGAAAAGGCGCAGAGUAUGAGGCAAGACAAGUUAGGGCUGAGGCAUCAGGAGUUGCUGCAACAGCUGGAAGCUCUGCUUCCUCAGCUUCAGUCACAGCUGGAUCGAGAACUCAAGGACGAGUACCGUCGCCUGCCAGAAGAGAUCAGCCAGCUCAUCCCCCCAGACCUUCAAAACAAAAGCUCCCGCAACGAUUCUGUAUUCACCGCGCUGUCCAAUCACAGCAGCCCCGGCUCGGGCCCGCCCUCCAACUGCUCCACACCCAGUUUCCAGUCGACUCCUUUUCGGAGAAGCCUGAACAAGAGCAGGGACAAUAGUAACACCUCACUGGCCGACUCUACGUCAUCCUCCAUCACACCUGGCCGGUCGGGGGCAGAUAUUUCUUUCAACUAGACUUUUGGAUUUUACAGAGUCAGAAAAGAAAAGAAAAAAAACAUAGGGGUCUGUAGUGAUCAUAUGUGGGGUACAAAUGAUUAUCUGCUAAUUUUAUCCUUUUUUUAAAAUCACUGUUUUGUCCUUGUCUACAGAGCUGUAAUUUUUUAUUUUUACUGUUAUUGUCAAUUUUGCUAAGGAAAUAUUCAUUAAUC